AUGGAGACGCCGUCUGAUCAGCUCUCUCUUCAGGGACCACCCGGGAAACGUCGCCGCGUGGCCCUGGCUUGCGAUUGUGAUGGCAUCCGGCCGCAGUGCAGCAUGUGCAAAGACCUGGGGUUCGAAUGUGCCUAUACCCCGCCAGUCACGGCCACAAAUGUGAUCGUGCAGAAGGACUACCUCAAAGACCUCGAGUCCCGGGUGAAGUCGCUGGAGGAAAACCUCACCACCGUGCAAUCAAACCUGUCGGGACUGGCGGCACAAAUAACCGGCAGAAGCCCGCCGAGCGAAGGUCCGCCGGAGCCUUGCCAAGAGCCCCUAGCCGACCUGGCAGAGUCUGAGGAUCCCAUUGACGCCAUGGGUGCAGUAACCUUCGCGGAUGAGGAGGAUUGCGGGUAUUUCGGUGAAGACGAUUCAUCUCCCGUCUGUCCAACGCGCCCAUCCUCGAAUAUCGCCUUUUUGCGGCACCUGUCCCGCGCAGUGUCUCACCGCAAAAUUAGCCAAAAGGAAAUCAAUACGCCCCUGAUCGACCAAACUGCCUAUGAUGGCGGCGUCGUCAGCGCCACUCGGCCGCCAUCACCGUUGUCGGGCUGCACACCCACAUCCGGGCAGCCCGGGCUCGUGACAAAUCUUGCCUUGCCAUCGUCCGAGGAGACUUUACAGCUGAUUCGCCGGUAUUUUUAUGAGACGGGAUUGCUGUUCCCGUACAUCCACCCCCCGACCUUUCUUGAGGCAUAUGACGAAUUCAAGAACAAUGCCAAGAAAGUCCGCCGAACCUGGUUAGGCCUACUGAGCAUCAUGCUGGCCAUGGCGAAGGUGACCGCCGUGUCCGGCCAUGCCCCGGCGGAAUCACGGAUCAAAGAGUCCACCGUCUACUAUCGACAGGCAUUGAACCUGUGCCGGGGCGAGAUGCUCCGAGGGACGACUCUGGAAGUCGUGCAGUAUCUCCUACUCAUGGGCCAAUAUCUCCAAGGGACACAGAAAUCCGUCCAGGCGUGGACUGUACACGGACUGGCCGUCAAGGCCGCGCUGCAGCUCGGGCUACAUUCGAAGGAUGCCUCCCAGGCGUUCUCCCCUCUUGAACGUGAGACACGGAAAAGAAUAUGGUUUGGCUGUGUGGUUCUGGAUCGUUAUGUUCAGCUGGACCUCCCCGUCGUCGAUAGUGUCGGUGAGGGCGAACCGUUUGUCGACGACAAGACCAUCCGUCAUAGCAUCCAAUUUUUUAAUAGCACCAUAACCCUCUACAAACAAAUGGGCAGCAUCAUCGACCAAGUCUACGGCCAAAAUCUGGGCUGUGGCUCUGGCCCGUCUGUUGGUGAGACUGUGGGCCGGGUGCUGUUGAUUGAAAAUCAGUUGUUCUCAUGGGUCAUGGCGCUUCCGGAGAACCUUCGCCUGUUAACACUGCAGGGGCUGCAUGAGGAAAUCAGCAAGUCGGAGAACCAGCCAGGACCUUUUUUCUCCCUGAAGUUUCGGGUCAUCCUCACCCUGCGCUAUCUUCACACCCAGAUCCUGCUGCAUCGGCCCAUCCUGGUCAAGUUUCUCGACGCGAGCCUCCCGUCUGGCCUGGAGCCUGGCCAGGAGCGGAUUCUGAAUGAGAUCGGCCAUAGUAGCAUGAACAAGUGCGUCGAAUCGGCCAUGGGAAUUAUCGACAUAAUCCACGAACUGGUCUUUGCAACAGGGCGGCAGCGCGAUCUCCUAGGGGCGUGGUGGUACUCUCUGUAUUAUACCUUCAACGCGGCACUGGUUAUUAUUGGGGCCACCUGGGUUCAGCGCGCAAGGCAGUCGGCCCAUGAUUCCCCGGUGCACCAGUCCACCAAUAUCCAACCCUAUCCUAGUCGCGCUGUCGCAACUCUGUAUCGACUGGAUACGGGUAAUCGCAUGGUGGACCGCUGCAGAUAUUAUCUUGAGCAGUUGAUCUCCGUCCUCCAUUUACAGCCAGAUGACCUGGCUGGUACUGCCAUUAGCAGCGUGACCCCGGGCUUUGACUUUUUGUCUUUUGGCAUGGAGUGUGGAGAAUUUAUGUUGGAUGACUUCUUUACAAAUAUCACGCACGCAUCGGUGUUGGAACGUUGA